UAUUAGGAUGCCAAACCCCUCUUUCAUUCGGUUAAGAAACGAAAGCAAAUACUUCCAGGAUAAUUUUCGGAAGUGCCGGUUGUUGUUCAGCGCUCAAAUUUAAAUCGCUACAGCAGAACAAUCGAUAUUCUGGUUAGGUUUGCGUCUUUCAUACGGAUUAUUUAGCUACUCUUCUACAAUGGCGACUGCGGCUGCAACUCCGACCGGCCAGAGAAGCACGUGCGGCAGCGGCACACCGCUAAGUCCGACCAGAAUAACCAGACUGCAGGAAAAACAACAACUCAGUGACCUCAACGACCGCUUGGCCGUUUACAUUGACAAAGUCCGUAGUUUGGAGUCUGAAAACGAGGUACUCCACCUGAAGAUUAGCGAAAGGGAAGAUGUGAGGAGUAGGGAGGUAACUGGACUGAAAGCCCUGUAUGAGACUGAGCUAGCCGACGCCAGGAGGUGUUUGGAUGACUCCUCCAAGGAGCGGGCCUGGCUGCAGAUUGAGCUGGGAAAAAUCAAGUCCGACUAUGACCAGCUUCUACAGAACUACAACAAGAGGGACUCGGAGGCAGCAGGAGCCCAGGCCAGGUUGAAAGAUGUGGAGGCUCAGCUGAACUCUAAAGAGGCCAUGUUGGCCACAGCACUGUCUGAAAAGAGGGGCCUGGAGGCCACACUGGCUGACCUGCAAGAACAGCUGCAGGAGCUGGACACAGGCCUUGCUCAGGCCAAGAAGCACCUUUCAGAUGAGAUGCUCCUGCGCAUCGACUUGGAAAACCGCUGCCAGAGUCUGACUGAGGAAAUGGACUUCCGUAAGAGUAUGCACGAGGAGGAAGUGAAAGACGCCCGGCAGCGGUAUGAGACCCGACUGGUGGAGGUGGACUGUGGACGGAAAGAGGAGUAUGAAUACAAACUGACUCAGGCCCUGGCUGACAUGAGAGCUCAGAAUGAGGAGCAGAUCAAGAUAUACAAGGACAACAUGGAGAGCACCUACCUUACCAAACUCGAGGACUUGCGUCGGUUGUCUGAGAUGAACGGAGCAUCGGCGAACACCGCUCGAGAGGAGCUCAGAGAGUCCACCCUGAGGAUCGAGAGCCUCACCGCCCAGAUGGCAGGACUGCAGAAGGAGACGCGUGGCUGGCGUGAUCGUAUCACUGAGCUGGAGGCAGCAUUGGCGCAGGAGAAAGACACGAGCCGCAGGCUGCUGGCAGACAAAGACCGCCAGGUGGCCGAGAUCCAGGCCAAGAUGCAGGAACAGCUGAAUGAGUACGAACAGCUGCUGGAUGUUAAACUGGCUCUGGACAUGGAGAUCAACGCCUACCGCAAACUCCUGGAAGGAGAAGAGGAAAGGCUGAAGCUGUCUCCCAGUCCCUCAUCUCGCGUCACGGUGUCGAGAGCCUCAUCCAGCAGCCGCAGCGUGCGGACUACUCGGGGGAAGAGAAAGCGCAUCGAUGUGGAGGAACAAGAAGCCAGCAGCUCGGUGUCCAUCGCUCACUCUGCCUCGGCCACCGGACCCAUCUGUAUUGACGAGAUCGACACCGACGGCAAGUUCGUUUGCCUUCACAACAGCGGAGAUGAGGACCAGGCCAUGGUGGGUUAUGAGAUGAUUAAGACAUCUGGAAAUGCUACGUCCACCUACAAGUUCACGCCUAAAUUUGUCCUGAAGGCUGGUCAGAAAGUCACGGUGUGGGCAUCUGAUGCUGGCGUGAGCUCGAAACCUCCCACGGACCUGGUUUGGAAGAAUCAGUCCUCCUGGGGUUCAGGGGAGGAUGUCCACGUGGUGCUGAUCAACCCUCAGGGAGAGGAGGUGGCAAAGAGAACCACAACGUACAAGACAGCUGUGGAGGAGGAGCAGGACGAGGAGGAAGAUGAUAACGGCGUGGAGGCCAUUGAGGAAGACCUCUUCCACCAGCAGGGAGAACCUCGCACUGCCAAGAGAGGCUGCUCCAUCAUGUGAUCCCCCCCUGUACCCACCCACCCGCCCGCCAGCCAGCACCACCACCACCACCAUCACCUCCUCCUCCUUCCUCUGAGCCCAGCCCAGUCUGCUGCCAACUGUAAUACUAGAACUAUUUUUCUAUCUUUUGUAGUAUAUUUCAAUACGACGUUUGGAUUUUAUUUACUCUUUUUUUAUUUCUCAUAAAAAUACAAUGACGUAUUUUUAUCUUUUAAAAUCUAAAAUAAUAUGGGUUAUUGAACAAAGUUUGUAUUUGUAGUUCAGUUUCUUUUUUUUUUUUUUGUUUCCCUUUUUGAAACCAUGCAGCAAGAAGCUAAACUCAAGGACAGACUGUCUUUAAGCAAACAAUGAGUCAUGUACUUGGUAAUUUUUUAAAAAAAAAUAGAUUUUAAUUUAAUUUUAUUUUAUAAUUUUUAUCUUAAUUUUAUUGUUGAAGCUAUACUGAAGGCCUUUAAAACACAGGAACAGCCACAAGAUAUCAGUCAUGACUUUAGGUCAUGGGGCUGGUUCAGAUUAGUUUGAUAGUGUUUUUAUGGUUUUUUUUUUUUUCUUCAAAUGAUUUGGAGCGGGGAAAAUAAACACUGAAAGGACAAGUACACUAAAAGCUCUGCAGUUAACUGGAGUCAAUAUAAUAAAUGACCUCCCUCCCCAUCAAUCUGGACCUUGAGUGGACAUAAUAUGGAAACCUCUGUCCAAUGACAUUUUUUUUCUAGUAUCUUUAGAAAUAAAACCAGAAAAUACCACGAUUGUAUGAUUGUAUUUAUGAGGACAACCGUUUGUAAGCUGUUGCUGAGUUAUCUUAAAGACCUUUAUGUGUGGGAUUUGAAGCAGUGACUUUGGGACUCCCCCCGUAUGG